ACCUGAACCCCGUAGGAAUUGCUCCAUCAUCCGAGCCCCUCAAAUCGUUGUCGUCGUCGUCGUCGUCGUCGUCACCGAACACACAGCGGCCCCCUCCCAUCCCUCCAUCUCGUCGGGGAGGCACUUUUCCUUUGCUUGCAUUUUCCAGGGCUGCAUAUGCGCGCGUCCAGUAGGACCUCAUCCACUCACUGGCUCUCUCGAAAUUUGAGGCGCAAUUAUGACACCUCGCCCCCCUGAUACUGGGGACUUUCGCGGCCCCCAACGACGGUCAAGACGUUUGAGCUUCCCCAAUGCGGUCAUAUCAAUCGAGACCAGAUGGGGGGGACCCCGAACCGCUUGUUCAGCCCUUUCACCCCCCCGACUGCCCUUCCCGCGCCUAGCUGGGCAGUCAUGUACCAUUCUUGUAGGGCAAAUCAACUGUACCUUGCGGCCUCCACGUCGAAGCUCUGCCCAAUCGUUCCUCGCCGUUCCCAGGCUGCCGCCCGCUUCCCCUGACGCCGGCAUAGGGACUCCUGGACGAGGCCGUACGUGGCACCGUUGGGCAAAGCCUCCCUUUCUCCAUUUCCAUGGGGAAUCGACACCAUCUUUUGGUAUUUCAAAUGUCCUCCCAUCACGGCUACGCGGCCGGGGUACAGAGGACAGAGGGGGUCGCAGUGUCGCAGUGUCGCACGCACUUUGUCAAUUGUCCCGCAUCAACCAAGAACCAACCAGCUCAUCGUGACGUCCUCUCCCUCGCUCGGCGGAGCGCAGCAUCUCUCCGCCGUGCCACUCUCGACCAAUUUUGCGUGCUUAUCGCUCCAAGCACGGCCGCUGCAUUG